CUAUUGCGUUACAAUGCUUUUACAUUUAGUCGCUUUAAACGUCAAACUCCAGACUAAUAUUCGCCGUAGAUAGAAGGUACGGAAAUUAUUAAUUAUAUCUAUGGACUGCAGUGAAAGUUUUUAAAAUAGUAUGUGAUUUAAAGUUUGAAAAUGGAGGAAAAUAGCAAGAGAAGGACCCGAAAGUCGAAAUUAGUCCCGAGGGAUUGUAUGGAUUCCGAUGAUGAAAAUAUCGCAGUUAUGCAGCAAGAAAUUGAAGCAGCAUUGGCACAUAUGAAAAAUAAGUCCAUAUUGAAAAAGUUGAGCAGACAGCAAUCCUCACCAAAACCAUUGCAGUUUUCCGUCAAAGUGGAAAUGGAGGAAGUCGAUGAGCCACAGGAAACUGAACAAAAUUUAAAUAUAAAAAUCGACUCUGUGAAGAGUCUAUCAGAACCUACUGCUGUCCCUCGGUCAAGCAAGGAACCUGAAGUACUUUACUUCAGAAUAUCUGAAGACGUUAUAAGAAAAGAAUUCGAGAAAGUAUCGCGGGAAACCACAAGCGUCGCUGAUAAAAGAAUAGAGCUGAACGUCAGGAAUAUUCUUGGCAAAAAAAGGACAAAAGAAGGGACUAGAGUAGCCUACGUAGAGAUCAAACUGCAAAAUAUAUUUCGUAGGACGUGGAAAAAUUGGUGCAACACAUUCCCGACUAUACGAGAGACUCCGCUCUUGUACAAAUGUUACACAUGUAAAAAGGCCUGGUGGCAUCUGCAUGACUUUCGAGAACACAUAAUGCAACAUGAAAAAUUAAUGACCAUUCUAUUGCAGACUAUUUCCCAUGAAUGCCAUGUGUUAGCUCACGAGGGCAAUUUAAUAACACAUGCUGGCCUCACAGACCUCAAUGAUAAAAGAUAUUCAGUAGACUCGAACUGUUGGAGGUGUGGCAAAGAAAUCACAAUGCAUAUAAUGUCAAAUUUGGAUAAAUCUACAGAAUAUAGGUGCAGUGGUUGCAAGGAAAAAUUUUAUACAUGUACUUUAUUAUGUGACCAUGAGAACAGUUGUUCAUUGUACAAAAGAGUUACGGGUAAAAACCCACUUAAUGAAAUACAUGCGUGCACUCAAUGCUCAGCAAAGCUGACCUCGGAGAAGCUAUUGCUCGAACACAUGGUACAACGUCACAGUGUGAGGUCUGAUCUUCCCGAAGAUUGGGUGCUAAAAAUCUGCAGCCACUGUGAUUACCCCUUUCAUUUACAAGCAUUACAUGACUGUCCCUUAAAGCCUCCAGUGGCAUCAUGCAAGUUUUGUUUUCAAAAGUUCAAUAGCCACACAUUUCUUUUAAUUCAUUUAAAUUCAACGCAACAUCUCUAUCCAUGCAAAGUGUGCGGUUUGGUACUAAGGAAACAGUGUAUGGAAUUGCAGCAUUUAAUGGAGCACACUGAUAAAUACACAACAUUAUACAAAUGCAUUUAUUGCAAGGAUGAUAUAUAUUUUCCUACUUUGUUCUCCAUUAACAAACAUAAACAAAAUGCUCAUGUGGGAUUUUUCGAAAGCAAAAGUUUAGGGACUUGUUAUGAUGUGGUAGUAGUUCCGAAGACAUUGGCUGCUAUUCAACCAGGAAUGAAGCAUAUAGAGAGGGAAAAGGAAUUGGAAUCUCUCGAUAUGACUAAAAAAACCUCUGAGCGUGCUUACGGCGGACUUUUGGGCACGUUGGGUAAACCAUCUGGUAGCUCAACAAAUCAUCACACAAAUGAAUGUGCUGAUAAGAACACUAAUGAAACGAAAAUAAAGUUUUUCAAAAACGUAGGUCGCCCCGCUAAAACAUACAAAGUUGAAGAAAAAUCAGAUUUUAAACAAGAAAAUGAUAUUAUUUACAUAACUGAUAGUCCACAAGAAGAUGAAGAUUUAGACGUCAGAAUUCUCGAUGAUUCCAAUCAAAGUGUCGUCAUUGACAUUAGUACGCCUGAUGAUUAUCUAGACAAUAUUAUUAACAACAUCAAAGCAGAGCCUUCAAAUUAUACCGAUGAUCACAUAAACGAAAGUAUACAAAAAAAUGUGUCAGACGAUAUCGACGAACAUGAAAACACUACAGAAAUAUCAAAUGGCAACAUCAGUGAUAUCCGACAAACUGAAAUUAAUCAUUUCGAUCCCUGUUUAGUGAUCAAAGAAGAAAAGCUAGAUUACAACGAAACAGAUAACGCUCAACAAGAACCAAACGAGAUGCCUAAUAUAAAAAUUGAAAAUGUCAUGAGAAUUAAAGAAGAAGAUAUGGAUAUAGUCCAGGAAAACGAUAAAGUUGUUGACGGUGACUGCAGUAUCAUAAGUGGCACUAAUAAAAAAACGCCAAUAUCACUAACCGAGAUUAAUAAAUUAAGAUCUAAUUCUAAAAUUAAUUUGAAAACUAAUUUAAAAAAACUAAGAGCCAACAUUAAUAACAAAUUGAGAACUAAUUUUGAUAAAUUGAAAGCUAAUGAUAAGAAAGAUAAAUCGAAUACCAAUAAAGAUACAUUAGCACCCAGAAAUAACGAAAAAGGUAAAUUGAAAACUGAUAAUGGUACAUUGAGUUCCAGUUUUGAUAAUAUCAAUAAUGAAGAGGGCAAUAAAACUGAUGAAUUGGACGUUAGAAUAAAGGAAGAACCGGAUCUCAAGAAUUUUUACACUAAUUUCGAUGUAAAUGCAGAAGAAUUAGCAUACGAGAUAAAAGAAGAGAAUCUGGAUGAAUUAUUAGAAGAUGACAUGAUAAUAUUGGAUCCUAAUAAUAGUGUAUCUAUGAAUUAUGAAAUGGAACCCGGAACUAAAGCGUCGGUGGCGUCUGGUGACGUAGAAUCGCAAGGAGUGGAGCCCGAAUUGGUUGUAUACCAUUCAAAUCAGAGAAAGCUGUACAAGUGUACAAAGUGCUCGUUCCAAGGCCACCACUUCGCCUUCAAGCUGCAUCAGAAGAAAGAGAAGCACGCCCCCAACAAGAAGGCGUGCCUGCGCAAGAGCAAAGGCGACGAUUGCAGCGCCCGCUAUACGUGCACUAAGUGCAACAUCACUUACGUCACCUGGUACAAAUAUAUUGUGCACUUUAGCAAGGUGCAUGCCUACAAAUCUCAAACAUGCCCCAAAUGCUUCAGACCCUAUAUGACCCUGCAGGCGCUCCAGGGACACCUAAAUGCACACAUCAAGGAGAGCUACGUAAGCGUUUACGUCAUAACUACCAAAGACCCAGAACCCGAGCAAUUCACGCAACAGUGUAAAAUUUGUUCGGAAAAAGUGGCAACUGCCGACCAAUUCAAGCACUGGGAGGGGCAUUUGGACAUUCUGGACGUCACAAAGAAGACUCAGCCGUGGAAGGGUUUCUCGAACUCUAUGGAACAUAAACACGAAUUGAAAAUGAUGCUCUUGCUCCUACAGGGUAUAAACCUGUCACCAGACUCCAACGAGAAGAUGUUCAACAAAUUGAAGUACUGCCUCAAAUGUAAACGGCGAUUCGAGCGCAAGAACGAAUGCAAGCGUCAUUUCAUUGAACAUCUACUGAUAGACGCCUACCAAGAAAGACAUAAGCACGGUUUCCUCAAGUGCCAGAUAUGUUCCGCUAACUUCUACACGAGUGAAAGGUACAAACGUCACAUGCGAGAACACGGCAGUCUGCCGUUGUAUAAAUGCGAACUCUGCGACAAAACUUUCAGCGACUCUAGCAACUUCACAAAGCACAAAAAGGUGCACAACCUCUCCGUGUUGAUCUGCGAUAUAUGCAACAAGAAGUUCACCGGGAAACCCUUCCUAGAAAAACAUAUACUGAUGCAUCAGAACGUUGAUCCGUUUGUAUGUCAGGAGUGCAAUAAAGUGUUCUACACCGAGUCGAGCUACAGGAAACACAUAAGCAGAGGAAAGACGCGCUUCAAAUGCCCCUCGUGCCACAUCUUCUUCGCCACCCUCCGAGAGAAGUGGGACCAUAUGUGGGAGGUACACAAAGAGAGAAAGUUCCAAGCAGACUGUCCGAUUUGCAACAAGUCUUUCCGUAAGCACCAGGAUGUCCGUACUCAUAUGAGAAUCGAACACAAGGAUAGCCCUUAUAAGUAUGUUCCCGACAAGACACCACUGACAGACGUAAAGCAUAAGGCUAUAGAGAACGAGGAGGAUCUAGUUGUGGUUUAUAUAGAUGACGAGUGACAGUCAAGGACAGAGAGUUGAACUAGGCUGUCAAUGAGUCUAAGAGGAGUUGCUGGUGAAAUAACCAAAAAGCUAGGAGCAGUGAAUGCGAAGUGGCAAUUCGCAUGAAAGGCUUGCCCUAUUGCCUACCAAAGCAGCGAUACAGAAGUACCAAGAAACCGGUAUAGCUUUACAGUAUAAGGAAUAUAUUGCCCUCCAUAGAAGAAUAUGUACGGUGAAUCCAAACAACGUAUUGACUGGAAAAUAAAAAAAUGAGGGAGACCAAGCAAUUAAUUAUCAUCAUCAUCCCCAGUCUGUUAAUGUCCCAUAGCUUGCAUUGGCCACCCGGCAUAAAAGAGAAAGUUCUAGAGCAUAGACCCACCACACUACUCCAAUAUGCGGGCUCGCCAUGAAAUUGCAGAUGAUACUGUAGUUUCAUAUAAAAAAAAUAACCAUGGAGUAUAAAAAAAUUAUCAAAAUUGCAAUUAGUGUGUUCCUCAAAAGUGCCUCAUAGUGUUGCUGGCAUUAAAUGCCGUAAUUGGCUGACACUCUAAUUUACCAUUGCAGUACCAUGAAUCUAUAGUAUCAUUAUCUAUAAAAAAAAACCUUAGAAUCAUAUUUCUAAAAUGGUUGAUAUUUUUUAUUAAUUCUCCAAACAAGUGUUUAAUUUCUUUUUAUUGAAUUUAAUUCUGUUUGAGAUAUAGUCUUUAAACGACGUACCAGAGCUAGCUAAUUUCAGUAUAAUUACUGGACUAUCUGAUGAACUUAGUAAAGCCUAAAAUUGAUAUGUAUUAUAUACAAGUGUGAACAAGCCGAUUGUGCAUCUAUAAUUGUAACUAUUCGCGAUUAUCAAUAAAAAUAAUCUUCUCAAAGUAAUCCGUUACCUAGAAAAAUUAUUAAUCUAGAUUCUUCAAGUGGUUCCAUGGGUUUUCCAUUUUUUUUAAAUUAUUAUUCAAAUUAUUUGGGCCAUUUUCAUUAUUUUCCAGUUUCUAGGAGAGGUGCACAUUUCGUGCCCUUCGUAUCUCUUGUAGUAAUAAUACAUGUCUCACACAAGACUGCAUUUUAAAUGCGAAAGUUUAACAAUCAAUCAACUUUAUUAUUGGCAUAGAGUUAUUCAAACUAAUGAAAAGUAACAUAUAAGGCGACAGGCGGCAAGGCAUUUUUAUCCCAGGAAAACUAAGGGUUCCCACGGCAUUUGUAAAAAAACCGUGAUAAAGGCGAACGAUUGAAUGAAUUAAUGAAUACACUUUUAUUGUACACCACACACAGAAAAGGGUGGCCUUAUCGCUAUAUAGCCAGGCAACCAAAAGCGUAGAAAAAUACUAUAUAGCUAUAGAAGCUUGAUAGUUUUUACAACAUAUAUACCUAUAUAUUUAUGUAUGAUAUUAUGAUAUAAAUAUAGUAAUCUAAAAAUAUCAUAGUACAAAUUGAACAACAAAAAUUAUUAAAUAUAUAUUUAAUACAUACAAGAUACAUGGGCGAUAGCUAGUAUUUAUUUAUCGUUCCUAUGAACGAAGGUUUUAAACAAUCAAAAGUUCUCACCCGCUUGAGAGCUAUUCGUCAACAAGUUUCCCCCUGACUGUACCAAUUAGUAAUAAUGCUUUCGAUGGUACAGAGCUCACCUGUUAGGGGCAUAGAGUUAUUAGGGGGUAUGUAUUAGUUAGAGGGGUAUGGCACUUACUUAAAACCCUUACCCCUAAUGGGUUUUUACGCGACAAUUUACAAGAACGCUAAAUCGCUUGGCGGUUUUUUCGGUAGGAUAACAACAAGCCACGGCCGAAGCAUCCCAAAAAACAAAAAAUGCUAGAAUGCAACGAAAUACCUACCAACCAAUACUACCACAACAACUGGAUGGAAAUCAGUAUUGAUGAGUAGUGUCUUCUAUAUAAUAUAACUC